AUGAAUAACAUAACAUUCCAGGGCGAUGCAUUCACCUCCUCCGGAUUUCUCCAACUUACAAAGAAUCAACUCGACGCCUCCAUCACUUACAGUGCUGGUCAUGCCUCGUAUGCCGAACCUGUGCGCCUCUGGGAUGCCAAGACAGGGAGGCUUACGGACUUCUCCACCCACUUCACAUUUGUCAUAAAAGCCGUUAAUAUUUCAGAGCACAGUGACGGGCUCUCCUUCUUUAUUUCACCAUUUCAGUCCGACAUCCCCAACAAUUCAAGCGGCGGGUUUCUUGGGCUGUUCGAUUCGGCAACCGCGCUCAAGAUGUCUUCGAAUCAAAUUGUUGCAGUUGAGUUUGACACUUCCAAAAAUGAUUGGGAUCCAAGCGAUGAUCAUGUCGGAAUCAAUGUCAACACCAUUGCCUCAGCGGCAGAUGUCACGUGGAAUAGUAGCAUGAGGAAUGGGUCUACAGGAAAUGCAUGGGUGACCGGCCCUGGUUAUAACCCAACCUCCAAAAAUCUAAGUGUCUUCUUAACGUACGCUGCUAAUCCAGUCUUCAAUGGGAAUUCUAGCCUUUCAUAUGUUGUUGAUUUGAGGAAUGUUUUGCCGGAGUGGAUUAGAGUAGGUUUCUCCGCAGCUACAGGGAAGUGGAUUGAGUUGCAUUCAAUAAGUUCUUGGUCAUUCGAUUCAACUUUGGAGAUCAACGAUGGAAACAGAAAAAACAAAUUGGGGUUGGUGAUUGGUUUGGCUGUGGGUUUUGGUGUAUUGGGUUGUGGAUUGGGUCUAUUUUGGUUCAUCUGCUGGAGAAAAAGGGCUGGAGGGAAAAGAGAAGAUUUGGAAGGAGAUAUCAGCAUGGAUGAUGAAUUUGAAAAGGGAACCGGCCCGAGGAGUUUCACUUACCGUGAACUUAUCCGGGCAACAAAGAACUUUGCCGAAGGAGGGAAGCUUGGGGAGGGAGGAUUUGGAGGCGUUUACAAGGGAUUGUUAAGUGAAUCCAAUACUGAUGUUGCUGUUAAGAGGGUCUCAAAGGGAUCAAAACAGGGGAAAAAGGAGUACAUAGCAGAAGUGAGAAUCAUUAGCCGUUUGAGGCACAGGAAUUUGGUUCAACUAAUUGGUUGGUGCCAUGAAAAGGGCGAGUUCCUUCUCGUCUACGAGUACAUGCCUAAUGGAAGCCUUGAUAAUGAUCUUUUUGGUGGGAAGACUAUGCUGACAUGGGCAGUGAGGUAUAAAGUAGCCCUUGGAUUGGCUUCUUCACUCCUCUACCUUCACGAAGAGUGGGAACAAUGUGUUGUGCACAGAGAUAUCAAGUCUAGCAAUGUCAUGUUGGACGCUAAUUUCAAUGCCAAGCUUGGCGAUUUUGGCCUUGCAAGGCUUGCAGACCAUGAAUUAGGCUCGCAAACAACCGUUUUGGCCGGCACCAUGGGCUACCUAGCGCCGGAGUGUGUUAUUACUGGCAAGGCUAGCAAGGAAUCCGAUGUCUAUAGCUUCGGGGUGGUUUCCCUUGAGAUUGCAUGCGGAAGAAAACCAAUGGAGCCGAGGGUGGAACCUAGCAAGGUGAGGUUGGUGGAGUAUGUAUGGGAGCUCUAUGGAAAAGGCCAGCUUCUUGAUGCUGUUGAUAAGGGAUUGAGUAUGGAAUAUGAUGAGAAACAAACGGAGUGCUUGAUGAUCAUUGGAUUGUGGUGUUGCCAUCCUGAUCCCACCAUCCGGCCGUCGGUAAGGCAAGUGAUAAAUGUUCUUAAUUCUGAAGCUCCAUUGCCAAACCUUCCAUUGAAGUUUCCUGUGCCAAUGUAUUUUGCACCUCCAAUGCAUAUGUGUAGAUUCUCCUACACAUCAUCAUCUGGUCUCACAGGGUCCAGCAAAGAUCAGACGCAAUGUUCAUGUAGCAGUUGCUCUACUACUCAUUCAUCUGUUUCUGCCGGCUCUUAA